UGAUUGGUAACGAGUCUCAUUUCUCCCCCGUUCUUUCUUUUUCUGCACAUUUUCUGGGUUGAUCGAAUAAUAAUACCCGCAUACCCAUUGAAAAACUGAAAAUCAAGAAGAAAAUGGAAGCAGCCAUGGGUUUAAUGCGAAGGAUUCAUCCAAAGCAUACCGAUACCGCCCUCUCUGCCCUUUUAUCUCUCAUGCCUGAGCAUUCCUCUGAUCUUCUCUCUCAAGUCGAUCAACCUCUUCAGGUUUUAUGUGAUGAAGAAAGUGCAAAGGAAUUCAUAUUGUGUGAAUAUAACAGAGAUGCUGAUUCCUACAGGUCACCAUGGACAAAUAAAUACCAACCACCAUUGGAGGACGGUCUCUAUCCUUCUGUAGAGCUGAGGAAUCUCGAAAUUGAAGCCAAUGAUGUAUUUGCCGUAUAUUGUGACCAGUAUUAUGAAGGUGGAGUUUCUUCUGUUUACAUGUGGGAAGAUGAUAAUGAAGGAUUUGUUGCAUGUUUUUUGAUAAAGAAAGAUGGUUCAAGGUCUGGUCAUGGGCGAAGAGGUUAUUUGCAUGAAGGACAGUGGGAUGCCAUCCAUGUUAUUGAGGUGGGACCUGAGGACGAAGGAACUGCCAGGUACUGUUUAACCAGCACUGUCAUGCUUUCAUUGACUACAAAUAAUGACUCCUGUGGGACAUUCAGCUUAUCCGGAUCUAUCAGAAGACAGAUGAGUAUGCAACUGUCAGUAGCUGAAGGUCAUCUUUGUAAUAUGGGACGAAUGAUUGAAGAAUUGGAAGGCAAGCUGCGAAACUCACUGGACCAGGUUUAUUUUGGGAAGACAAGGGAGAUGGUUUGCACUCUGCGGCCACCUGCGGAAUUGGCAACGAUGAAGCUUCCUGAUAGCUGAUUUCUACAUCUUUGAAUCAUGAUCAACAAGUAUCAUGAUGUGGAUCACUAAUGGUUUACCAACAUUUAUUUGAAUCGUUGAUUAUAUUUGUUUUCCACAACUUGGUUGAAAUCCUCUUCUUGAGUGUUACUAAUGUUGGCCUUCGCUUAAUAUUGGAAGUUGUUUUUGGUUCAAUUGUAUUAUUUGUGGACUUUCAGUUUUUUUUUUAUAUUAAUGAAGAAAGGUUGUUGAACAUGGUGAA